AUGGUGCAGGGGGUACUAAAUAAAAGAAAGGAGAAAGUGGUUCCAAGAAAUAGAAUGAGCCUAUCAAAGUAUAAGAAGCUAAAGAAAAAGUGCACUCCAAAGGAAAAAGAGAAGAGACAAAUAAGAAACAAGAUAGAAGAGCACUUAAAGGAGAAGAGCAGAAGAGUAUGA